CUUUGUGUUUGUACCUUGCAGUUUAUUGUUAUUUCACUGAAGGAGGGCAUGUUCAAUAAUGCCAAUGUCCUUUUCCGGACAAAAUUUGUGGAUGGUGUUUCCACAGUCCAGAGGACCGUAGCAUCUAAGCCUAGCCGGUGAAGUGAAAUAAGUUUCCAGAUGUUUGUGGCAUCAAUGGUUGGCCAUAAGUAUGGUGUCCUUAGGUGGAGCAAAACUGGCAAGAAAACUACUGAAGGCACUCCAGCUGGUAUAACAUCUGUCCCCGCUGCUUGCUUAGUUCUGGUUCCACUUUUGGCAUCCACUGGAUACAUUCUAACUCAGCACUGGCUCCCUGUUUUAAUAGCUAUGACCACAAGCGGUCUGUUGGAGGCCUACACAACGCAACUUGAUAAUGCUUUUAUACCACUUGUCUUCUACAGCCUUCUUUGUUUGUAAAUGCACACUUCAACCUUCCAGAAAGCUUAAACAUGUGAGAAUUCCUUACGCGCUUCCAUCUAGAGGUUUUUUCUUUUUUAUUCUUUAGUAGAUAUUCCUAACUGCCAUCAGGGA